UGUAUGCAUGCAUGUACGUAUACAUGUUUAUGUGUAUGUGUGAUGCAUUUAUGUCUGUAUAUUUCAAAAGAAAGAAUUAUUCAGGUGACUAGACAAAUAGAUUGAGCAGUAAUUCUUUGCAUUUACGACAUUGUGACGAUAACAACAACAACAACAGCAGCAAAAAAACACCACCCACCAACAAUAAUCAUGGUAACACUCUAAUAAUUAGGCUAGCCAAUCUUCAUUAAUUUCAGAAAGUCUCUAAAAGUUUACCGUAUAAUAAUAUAUACAAACGCCUGUGCUCAUAAACACUGACGCAUUACCUAAAUUGCACGAAGACGUCUGUCUCUCACAAAACAUAGAUUAUUUCCAUCAACAAGUAUACUACGAAAGAUUUUUUUCACUGUGAAUUCUUCAAGUUUUACUUCAUUUUCAAAUUUAAGAAAAUUGGGGACUGAACAUCUCUGCUUAAAAAACAAAUAUGGAUAUUGUACAACAAACCUACGGUUUAAAUCAAAAUGAUCAAGUAUCAAAUGAACAUCAUCAGAUAUCAAGAUAUGUUGAUAUGACUGCAAAUAAUAGUACUAAUUCAACAAUGGACAGUUUAAAUUCACCUCAAACAGAAUUAAUUGUUUCAAAUGAUAAGUUAAAACAAAAUUUUUCACAAAUUCAAUCAUUGUCUAAUUCAUUCAAUAGUAUAUUGAGUGAUAAAGAAAACUUAAAUUAUUUUGACCAAAGUAGUAACCAUGAUAAUAGUCAUAAUAAAAGUCUUAGUAUAAAUUCAAUGGAAAACUCAGGUGAAAAUAAUCAUUUCUCUCAUUCUUCUGUAAAUCCACCGUCAUCAUUAUCGUCGCCAUCAUCGUCGUCAUCGUCUUCACCUUCUCUUCAUAAUCUUCAUCAGCAUCAUCAUCAGCGUCAACAACAACAAACAAAUGACGACAAUUUCGAUGGUACCGAUAAAGAUGAGCAUGGAAUUCGUCGAAAACGACGUAAACAAACACUACCACAACAGAAUUUCCAGUUUACUCCACUUAUUAUUAAUACUGAUGGAAUACAACUGAUAAAAUCAUCAGAAAAGGAUGAAACGACAGAUAUUACUGACUGUGAUGUUAUUGAUAUUACUGAUACGGGUUGUCCGCAGAAAGUGAGAAAAUUAUCAGGUUCCUUCGUGGAUGACAGUAAUAAUAAUGAUAAUAGUGAAAAUAAAGAACAAAUAAUAGAAGGAGAUGACGAAAAUGAUAAACUAGACAUAAUGAUGAAAAGAUACGAUGAGAAUGAAUCAAAGGCGAAUAAAAUAAUCAAUCAAAGCUUAUCACCCAAUUUACUCAUGUCUUCUGAGUGUAAUAAAUUGAUUAAUGAACUGAGUCACUGUGCCGUCGAAGUGUUCCGUCGUAGUCUGAACAGUAAAUCUACAAAGGUACAAAUAAAUCUCACUGAUGAAGGUGACAACAGAGAUACGAAUUGUGAUACUACUAAGAGUAAUAUUAUUGAAGAAAAAAUGAUUGAACAGACACUAUUGAAACUUGAACCACACAUCUCUGAACUAGUCGGCCAGUCGUUAAGAUCAAGUAUUGAAACAUUGAAAAAUGAAAUGUUUGCCAGUUUAAAAUGCAUUAAUAUGAAUUCAAAUGAAGACAAGCAUUUGAUUGAAAAAUUAACAGUGGAUAAAAAUCAUGGAAAACCUAAAGAUUCAAAUGAGGCAGGAAUUAGAAAUACUGCAACUACCAUUGAACAUUCAGUUGAUAAAUUUACAAAUGAUGCAAUAAAAACAUCAUCGCCAAUUAUUCAAAAUCAAAUUAACCUUACAAUUAAUCAAAGUUCUAGUGAAGAAGACUUGAAACAAAGUCUAACAUUUGAAAACUUACAAAUGGAACAAUUUGAUCCUUCAUCAUUGUAUCAGCAUGAUGAAAAUAACAAAGAAGUAUUUCAAAAUUCCACAGAAAAUGAUUGUGCUACUAUUAUAAGUAGCACAGCAGACAGUCCAUCGAUAUCCACCUUGACAACUGAGAAAACAUUUUCACCAAAGGGUUUACUAGGUUUUCCUGUUGAUUCUUUGACAGAGAAUUCAGUAAUAAACAAUUCAAAUACUGACGCUAAUAUCAUCAGUAAUACUCAAAAUGGUUAUAUAAGCAGUAAUGUGAUGACUGAUUUUAAUGAACAGAUUAAAAAGUAUAUAAAUGAAAUAAAGCAAAAAUUUCCACAGUUCUCUACAAUUUUUCCAUGUGAAAAUGAAGAUAGUACAAUAUUUCCUAAGACUGUAUGUAAUGAUCUAUCAGUUGGUAAUAUCAACCAACUUUCCUCGUCAACACAAUUUACUACUACUACUACUACUAAUGAUAAUAAUAAUAAUAGUAAUGAUAUAUCGUCUGAUCAACCAAAUGAUAUCACUUCAGUUGAAAAGACUGCACCAUUUACACUGAACGCUACUAUGACUUCUUCCUCAACUCUCUGUAGUUCACCACUGCCACCAACUCCCACAACAGCAGCAACACCGGCUGCAGCUGCAGCAGCUUUAGCUAAUGUUUUAGGAUUUCCUAAUCCAUUCGGCUGGCCAUCAAAACUAUUAACUAGUGAUACACAAGAUAACUUUGGACUAACUAACAGUCUUUCUAAUCUAUGGCCAUGGAAAUUGUUAAAUUCACCUUAUGCCUUAAAAUGCCCUGAUCAGAACACGCUUAUUCAACCUAAUCCACUAAUUAAUAAUGCUAUAAAUUUAUUCAGUCAGUUGAACAAAGUUAAUGCGGAUCCAACACUGACAAAUUGUUUAAAUUCAAAGUUUUCAUCAAAUCAAGAGGGUAAAUGUGGAAACAAUGAAAAUUCUUCACUCCCAUUGACAACACCGAUAGUAACAACCUUAGAUGAACAGUUAGAAGCUAUGCCUUUAGUAGUAAGACAUGAAAGAAAAGCAAAUAAGACCAAUUCAUCUACAAUAAAUAACAACACUACUUAUAAUAGUAGUAAUGCUAAUAGUUUUGACAAACUUUUAAGCAGUAUAACCACAGGGAAUACAACUUCCAAUACAACAGUCACACCGACAACGGGAAUAACAUCAAUGAAUGAAACUGGUAUAUUCCAUGGAUCAACGAUAGGUCGUCGAAGACGUACUAAAGUAACUGACACACGUUUGACGCAUUCACGUGUUUCACGAUAUUCAAGUAAUGCAGUUUCCAAUUGUUUAUUAGGUAAUUCUUCUGGUAUACAUCAAGCUGUAUACCAACAACAACAACAGCAUUCAUCAUUUCCGCAGACAACAACCGGAGUUAUUGAUUUAGGCACAGCAAUGAAUUUGAUCACACCGACUACCAAUGGCGUUCCUAUGUGUCCCUCUGGUGGAAAGGCAUUGCAAUUGGAUGAUAAAGAGUCUUCAUUAUUGAAUAAUAAUUUACUAACUGGUUUGAAUUUAUCGAAAUACCGUCACUUUAUCAACACUAGUAUUAAUAACAACAGUAAUAAUAUGAAAUUGGAUGAUUUCACUUCUGUGAAAUAUCGUUCAGAGAAUCAGAUUCAUAGUAGCGGUAGCAAUAACAGUAGUCCCUCACCAAUAUCAUUACGCCUAUCAGGUAAUGCAAAGGAACUGGUUGAUACAGAUGGAAAUCGUUUGAAUCAAGAAGCAGAAAAGCUUGAUGGACAGCUUCCAGGAGAGUCUGAAAAAAGUACAGAGUAUAAUAAUGAUAAUAAUAACAAUAUUAAUAAUAAUGACAGAUUAAAUGACAAGCAUUCACCGCACGAUUAUGAAUCAUUUGAAAGGAUAUUUACGAAAACAUUUAAGAAUUAUCCACUAUCAAUGAAAUCGAAUCUAACAAACAAUUCUGGUGCUGUGAGUGGAGGGAUUUCAUCUCCACUGUCAUCUACUUCCUCUCCUAUUCAUUUCAACAAUACAAAUAUAUUACUGACAGAAACGAAUGUUAACCCACCAAUCUCUUCUAUCAGUACCAGUAUUAUGUCACCUUCUUCGUCAGUAUCUAUGUCCGAUAUUAAUCAGCGGAGGAUUUUGUCAAAAUUCAAUCCAAUUUGUCUUUUGAAUUCUCGUCUAUCCAACCCACUACCGCCUAUUCCACCGAUAUUCUUUGAUUCUGCAGACGAUAUUCUGAAUAAAAGCAUGAGUAAUAAUGCCACUCAAAGACCCUCCAUGAACAUUACAAAUGACAACGUUCACAGUUAUCUCGGUGUGCAGAAUGAGGGACCAGAGAAUCAAAAUCCUCAGCAACAGUCGUUUUCACAGCGAACCAGUCUAUCAAACUGUCCAAAUUCUUCCCAUUCUCUUGCAUCUUUUAUUCAUAACUCGACAAGUUCAUAUUCCUUGCCGCUGAAAUCACCAUUAUUUCCCAUAUCUCAGUCACUUUCAUUGGGUCCAUUGGAUACAAGUAGUAACUUCACUAACACUACUACUGCUACUAUUCCUGGUAAUACUUAUGAAAGUAGUAUUAACAGUAAUACUAGUUGUAUUACAGCAAUAUCAAAUUUACAAAACAGUCACCACCGUCGUCAACAGCAACAAUCACAAUCGACACCUUCAAAUUCAAAUCCACAUGCUCAACAUAACCAUCAUCAUAUGAAUUAUAUCAACAAAUUAUACGAUAAAUUGAAUUCAGGUGACAAUUUGUUCAAUAUGAAGAUAAAUAAAACGAUGUUGUUGAGUGAUAGUUUUAAUAAUGAAUCAAAUGGAAUGACUUUGUCUGAAUCUUAUCAAAAUCAGUUAAUUAACUGUUCCCAUGAACUGCGUAUGACGACAACUUUAACGCCUGUUCAUUUAAGAAAAGCGAAAUUAAUGUUCUUCUAUACACGAUAUCCAAAUUCAACAUUAAUUAAAAUGUAUUUUCCUGAUGUGAAAUUCUACAAAAAUAAUACAGCACAAUUAGUUAAAUGGUUUAGUAAUUUUCGGGAGUUCUAUUAUAUUCAAAUGGAGAAGUAUGCUCGUGUUGCAAUAUCUGAAGGAAUUCGUACGGCAGAAGAAAUACACGUGACAACUGAAUCAGAAAUCUACAGAGCAUUAAAUUUACAUUAUAAUCGUAAUCAACAGUUGGAGGUACCAGAUCACUUUCGUAUAGUUGUGGAGGCGACAUUACGUGAAUUUUUCGUCGCCCUAUACACUGGUAAAGACUCAGAACAAUCAUGGAAGAAACCAAUUUACAAAGUGAUAGCUAGAAUGGAUCAACCGGUCCCCGAAUUUUUCAAAAGUCCCAAUUGGAUGGAUCAGUUGGCUGAUGGAUAGACAUGAGAAAAUAAAAGAAAGAAACAUUGAUCAAUUAAGCAAUACAUUUUGUUUUUACUUAUCAUAUUUUCUAAAGUAGUAUGGAUGUAUGUCUGUUUGUACAAUGAAUGUGAUAAAAAAAGAAAGUAUUCAACUUUGUCAUUGAAAAAUGUUCGUUUCAGAAGUAAACUGCAUAUACUUUUGUGCAUUGUAAUCAUUUUAAAAUUGAGAAGAAAUUUAAUUAACAAUAACUCAUUAUAUUUUGAUUCAAAACUGUUAAUAUAACCUAUGUUUUAUUUUCAAAAACUGUAUAUUUGAAGUGAAUUUAAAAUGGCCGCGUUUUGAUUGGUGUUUACAAUUUAAACAAAAGCAAAUUUUGAAGUCGAUUCUUUCUAUGAUCAACAAUUAAAUCAAUAAACGCACACAUACAUUGCUGAGAAAAGCACAAUCUGUUAAACGUAAUACAUUCACUCGCAUAUAUAUUAUUUAAUUUCACUUCUAAAUUUCUUAGGGUAAUUCCCUUUCUUUUAUUCAUUAUUUAACGGUAGUUAUUAUAAGAUGUACAGUUGAUAUAAUUUAAAUUAUUGAGUAAAUCUGAUUGAUUGAAGGAAUAAAAAAAAGCUUUUUGAUAUUAUGACGCGUAAUUACAGUUUAGACUACAGGUGUG